GAUUGUCGUUUGAAUUGAGUGUCCAUUGAAUGCAUUGAUUGCACCGAAAAUGGUCUCAAAAGCGGGCAAAUUGUUGCUCAAGAAUACCAUUCAAUCGCUUGAACACCAAAAUAAGAUCAAAGAAGAAAAGCUAAUGUGGAGUAAAUGGCAGAGCGAUAGACAGGAAGAAGGAGAAGAAGUAGUAGUGAAAGACCAAAGAAGUGAUGGACACAGAGAUAACGGCAGUCAUUGUUCCCGCAGUUAUGACCGCAAGAGAGUGUCUGAUGACAGACAAUGCGAGGGAAGCGCUAAACGGCACAAAACCAAAGACACAAAACCCGAUAAUUAUUGGCUCAAGAAGUUGAUGACCGAAGAAGAGAAACACUCGACUGAUAGAUGGACUCACAAUGGCUUCAAAGAGUUGUAUAGCGAAGAGUUGGCGUCCGAUGAGAGCUCUUCCGGGAAACGUUUGACAGAAUUUGUUCUUACAUUACAGAUAACAGUCUAUUUGGGGAAAAGAGAUUUUGUCGAUCACUUAACACAUGUCGAUCCUAUCGAUGGUGUGGUACUGAUAGAUCCGGAUUACCUAAAGGAUCGCAAAGUCUUUGGGCACGUAUUGGCCGCAUUUCGCUACGGGAGAGAAGAUUUAGACGUUUUAGGGCUUACUUUUAGAAAAGAUCUCUACUUAGCGUCGGAACAAAUUUUUCCCCUUAAAGAAGAGACCAAUUCCGCGAAGAGACCGCUCACUCGACUCCAGGAAAGACUUAUCAAAAAAUUAGGAUCAAAUGCUUUUCCAUUUUUCUUUGAGCUUCCACCUCACUGUCCGGCAUCAGUCACUCUACAACCAGCGCCCGGCGAUACUGGAAAGCCCUGUGGAGUUGACUAUGAGCUUAAGGCAUAUGUGGCCGAAAAUGUGGACGAAAAGCCUCACAAAAGGAAUUCUGUUCGACUGGCGAUCAGAAAAGUGGUUUACGCGCCUUCAAAACAAGGCGAUCAGCCCAGCGUUGAAGUGAGCAAAGAAUUCAUGAUGAGUCCCAAUAAACUGCAUUUGGAGGCAUCGCUGGACAAAGAGCUGUACCAUCACGGAGAGAACAUCGCCGUCAAUGUCCACAUUGCCAACAGCUCCAACCGAACGGUCAAAAAAGUCAAAGUAUCCGUUCGUCAGUUCGCAGACAUAUGUUUGUUCUCAACCGCUCAAUACAAGUGCUCCGUCGCUGAGAUUGAGAACGAAGAUGGAUGUCCUAUAAGUCCGGGCUUUACAUUAUCUAAAGUUUAUUACUUAAAGCCUCUGUUGGCUAAUAAUAAAGACAAACGAGGCCUCGCACUGGACGGUCAGCUCAAGCACGAGGAC